UUUCUUCUCCUGUUCAAAGACCUGAUCAAGUUAUAUGCUUGCUACAAUGACGGCAUCAUCAAUCUACUAGAGAAAUUUUUCCAGAUGAAGAGAAGCCAGUGUAAAGAUGGACUCGAGAUCUACAAAAGAUUUUUGACUCGCAUGACUCGGGUAUCUGAAUUCUUCAAAAUUGCAGAGCAAGUGGGAAUAGACAAAAAUGACAUACCCGAACUCACUCAAGCUCCAGAAAGUCUUUUAGAAUCCCUUGAGACCCACCUCAACACAUUGGAAGGGAAGAAGCCGGAGGAUAAGUCACCCACCAAGGACACAGUGGCAACGAACAGCUCAGCCCCAUCGACUGCACCACCCAAACCUGCACCACCCGCCGGCGCCGGGGGGCCCCCUGCUCGCCCCGGGCCGCCCGUCAAACCUCCACCACCCUCUGUCACACCCACAGCUGUAGUUCCCACUACUACCACCACCAGCAGUGCCCUGGAUGAUGGCUUCCUGUUGGACCUAGAUCCAAUGUCCUCGUCCUCAGCUGGUGGGACGGCAGCACCUUCUACUACAAUUGGAUGGGGAGACCUUUUGGCCGAUGCCACUCCCGCUGCCAGUAAUAUCGCUUCUGAGGCUAACCAAGCAAAGAAAGAGCUUGCUACUGAUGUUGCAGCGGCCUCUGCAGUGGCUGCAUCCGCAGCCACCGCUGCUACUGCUGCCACCAUGCCAGCACCGACCUCCCUGCCUGUCGCAGCUCCCACCACCGCUUCAGUUAGGGAUAUCGACUUUUUUGGAGAUGCGUUUGCACCUUCCCCAGGAGAUGGUCCUGCCACCGUGGCUGCGGGUCCGGCGACUGAUGCAUUUGGUGAAUCUGACCCUUUUGCUACGACCGAAGGGAGUGCAGACAUUACACCAGGGCUGGACCUGUUCGCUAUGAGACCCACCGACACGGGCACCACUGCCAUCACCCCUCCCACCUCCUAUAUGCUUGAAUCCAUGCCUGAGCAAAGUCCCACCACAGAAUCCAAAGCUGCCACCACUCCUAGCGUAGACCUUUUUGGUGCAGACCUCCCUGCUGUCUCACGCGGGCCUUCCCCUCUACCUGAGCCGGCUCCGUCUGGAGACAUUGUCACUGACCCUGCUCCUGAACCUGCCCCUGCACAUGCUCCUGGCCUUGCGCCUGCGCCUGCUUCAGCUCAAGCUACAGCUCCUGUUGUUGUGGCUUCGACAGCAGCUCCUGUUGCUGCUCCUGCCACUGAGGCCUCCUCUCCACCCAAAGCAGAGCCGACCCCAGUUAUUGACCUGCUUGACUCCUUCGGCGGCUCUGUGAAGGAGGCACAGAGCUCUGCUCCUGGGGGACCUGGAGGCGACCUACUGGGAGACCUCAUGUCCCCAACCCUGGCACCCACCGUGGCCCCGGCCCUGGCUCCAGCCUUGGCUCCAGCUCCAGUGCAGAAUGAUCUUCUUGAGUCGGGAUUUGAAGCUCUGGGUUCACUUCCCUCUCCGACGCCACCUGUGCCAGCUGUACCAAUGAUACCUGCCACAGCGGAACCUGCAAAAAACACACUGGCGCACUCUGGUGGCUUUGAUGCUUCAAGUGACUUGCUGAUGCCCGCCGUUACGCCGCAGAGCACCGGGGGAAGCACGACAGGAAGUGCAGCGGGGAGCAUGGGAACUCCCGUCACAGUUGAAAACAUUGCAGCUGCUCCACCUGCAACCCCGCCCCCAACCAAAACCGUUGCAGGGGAUCUUGACUCUUCAUUGGCCAACCUCGUUGGAGACCUGGGAGUGAAGAAAAAAGACCCACAGAGUGAGAAGAAGUUGACUGGAGGAGCCAACUGGACCCCUCAUGUGGCCCCCACAAGCUGGACCACACCAGGUGUCCCCAUGGCUGGUGUGGCUCCUGGCGGACCUGGAGCAGCGCCUCCUAGUGGAGCAAUGGUGCCACCAAUGAGUGCACAGCCUGGUUUUGGCAUGCCUGCUGCAGGAGGGCCAGGAGCUCCCAUGAUGCAGCCCAUGAUGGGUCAGCCUAUAAUGGGUCAGUCCAUGAUGAGACCUCCCUUCUCUGGCGUGGUUGGAGCUGCACCGGGAGGAGCUACGGCACCACUUUCUCCUGGACCUGCAAGCCAGAGUCCCAAAAAGCCCAAGGAUCCGCUGGCAGAGCUCGACCUUAAGGACUUCUUAUAACACAAAUGAAAGGAGGACACAGAUAUUUUUCUCAACAGUCGGAAUGCGCCCAUCGUUUACCCGACAUCUGUCAAGAUUCCAGGAUGCCAAUGGCCCUGCCAUUCUCUCUCCGUUGUCUCCUUCUCGACAUGAUAAGAGCCUCUCUCAUCCAUCUAUGUUCUGUUUCCUUCUCCUGUGUGAUGUUGUAGCACAAACUGUGAAAGUGAACCAUAGCGGAUUAUAAACAGUAUACAAAUAAAUAUGAGAAAAAGAAUUCCAAGUGCGUGCUCAUGUAGGUGUUCUCAACUUUUUGUCUCAAGCAAAAUCUCCUAAAAAAAAAAAAAAAAAAAAAUCUGAAAAUGUUUUUGAAUGAAAGUGAAGGCGUAUGUGAUUAGAUUUAUUUUAUGGUUGUAUUUUGGUGUCCUAAGUUCCACCUGGUCUUGUCCCCUGCCUCCUUGUAAAGGGGGAGGAGCCCUUCUUUGUUCCGCUCUAAUUGGGUGAGCCAGCUUAAUUCAGUCCCUGUAAUUUUUCAGAACUAUAUUGUGUCCUGUUUACAAAAAAGGUCCUAAUGGGUGUACAUAGACACCACUGGUGUGUUUGACAAUUACGUACCUAUUCAGUACUGUAUGUCUGUUGAAGAGAACUAUCAAUGUGAAUCUGACAUGAAAUCGUGAGGAGUAAUGUGAGUGUCAUUCUGUCAUCAUCUGGAAAAAAAAGAUAAAUUGUAUAUUAUGAAAUUAAUUGUGUGGGCUUUGGAGACAUUGAAACAUCUAACUGAGGCUCUGUGUUUCUUAUUAUUUGUGUCUUAUUUUUCCAUGUUACUAGUUUGUGUCAGUUGUCUCAUCUUAAAUGAUGUCCGGCCCAAGUAAUGCAAGGCUACUGUUAAUGAUGAUCUGUUUUGCUAGUGGAGGACAAAUCUUACAUCCAAAAGCUUUCGUUAUUUAUCAUGGAAACACAUUUUAACUCUGCCCCUCAAUGAAACAAUUACACUUUUUAUUGCUUGCAGUGUAUUUUUUUUUUAAUCCCGUUUGUGCAGACCAAUAAAUUCAAUAGGAGCCAAAUAAAACCUUUCAAAUUUUUUUAAGAACAGAUGGCAUGGAUCCAAAACUCUGGACAGUCUUGUAUGAUGGAACAGUUAUCAUUUAAACAAGUGAUCUGCUUUUGUGUUUGACUGCCCAAAUUCUCAAUCUCUGGAUAUGAACAAGUAUUUUUAACUGCUUACUGCAAUUUGCUGAAUUCUCUUCUUUGGCAUCAAGGAUUUGUAGUGUCCCAGACUGUAACAUUUUGAUCCACGUUGUCUUUUGUUAGAGUGUUUGUUUUGUGCAUUGACCUGGUUUUGGACUACAUGCUAUUUGCAUUAGAGAUACAGUCAUAUAUCUCCUAUGUCAUUCAAACGGACUGUUUAAAAUGUAAGAUUGUACAAAAGAGAUCACAUUAAACAUUUUCAUGGAUGAGUUACAAGAAUUUUAUUUUUGUUUAAUUUAUUUUGUGUAUGAUGUCGCUUCCCAGUGCAUGUAAGCCCUCUGAGAUGCAAUAAACAACGGAUUGAACUGCA